AUAAAUAAAAGGGGUGUAAUUAAUGUCAUAAUAUAUAAUUUACGAAACUGAACAAAAAUUAACAUAAAAAAAUAAAUAAUAAAUUUUAAAAAGUAGUUAAAUUAGUUAUUGUAUAUAGGUGGAAGGAAGAGAGAAAAAAAAGGGGUUGUUCAGAGCUUCAAAGUUGCCUGAAACCCAUAUUACCCUCUCAUUUCCAACCCUUUUCUCUCUCUCUUUCAAUAAUUCAUUGACCACAUUUUCAUUCAUUGACAAUUGUUUUUCAGAUUAUUUCUUCAAUUUGAUUGAAUUUUGAUGAGAGGGCAUAGCAGAAGAAAGCAUAGGCAUCACAAUCAUCAUCAUCAUUAUCAUUAUCUAUGAAGACUUGGAGACGGGACUCAUCGCCGAUGCCGUUGCCGGUUGAGCUUUCUUCUUCUUCUUCUUGUUAUUAUGCUUUUGUGAUUAUCAGUUGUGCUCUUUACAACAUUUUCAGAUGGAAUGGCAGAUCCUGUCACCUAUGGUAAUCAUGAGCGUGACAUUGAACAAGCACUUGUUGCUUUGAAGAAAGGCACUCAAUUAAUCAAGUACAGUAGAAAAGGAAAGCCAAAGUUUUGCCCAUUUAGAAUUUCUAAGGAUGAAACAACGUUAAUCUGGUUUUCUCAUGGACAAGAAAGGACUUUGAAAUUAUCUUCAGUUACAAGAAUUAUACCUGGACAAAGAACUGCUGUGUUUAGAAGAUAUUUGCGCCCCGAAAAGGAUUACUUGUCAUUUUCUCUUUUAUAUAAUAACGGCGAACGAUCACUUGAUCUGAUCUGCAAGGACAAAGCUGAAGCAGAAUUAUGGUUUGCAGCGCUUAAGGAACUAAUUCCUACAGGACCAAAGCGCAUUAGACGUUCUAAGAGUGAUACUUCUGAACAACAAGAUGGGAAUGAGUUUAUUCAGAAUGGCAGUCCCUUAAGUGUGUCAUUAGAUUUUGCAAGUAUUGCCCAUGGUAGGGUGUCUAUCGAUUUCAAUCCUCGCGAAUCUUCAUUUAGUUUAGCAAGUUCAGAUGUGGGAACAGAACGCGCAAGUAUGCAACUAAGAGGAAGCGGUGCAGAUGGUUUUCGUAUUAGUGUUUCAAGCACUCCUAGCUGUUCGAGUGGGGGAUCUGGACCGGAUGAUAUAGAAUCACUAGGAGAUGUUUAUGUGUGGGGAGAGGUUUGGGUUGAUGGAAGUUUAAGUGAAGGGGGUGUUGUUAGCUCGGUUCCUAUAAAAUCUGAUGUAUUAACCCCGAAAUCCCUUGAAUCAAAUGUUGUUCUUGAUGUGCAUCAGAUUGCUUGUGGAGUUAGGCAUGUUGGUCUUGUUACAAGACAAGGUGAGGUUUUCACAUGGGGUGAGGAAUGUGGGGGAAGACUAGGACAUGGGAUUGAUAAAGACUUCAGUCGGCCUCGUUUAGUUGAGUUUUUGGCAAUUAACAAUAUAGAAUUUGUUGCUUGUGGUGAAUAUCACUCGUGUGCUGUGUCUGCAGCUGGUGAUUUGUUCACUUGGGGUGAUGGUGCCCACAAUGCUGGUCUUCUUGGACAUGGUACUGAUAUUAGUCACUGGAUACCGAAAAGGGUUAACGGUCCUUUAGAAGGACUUCAAGUUUUAUCAGUUGCUUGUGGUACUUGGCAUUCGGCUUUAGCAACUUCAAAUGGAAAACUAUUUACAUUCGGGGAUGGAACGUUCGGUGUUUUGGGGCACGGGGAUCGCCAAAGCAUUUCGUAUCCAAGAGAGGUACAGUUAUUAAAUGGCUUAAGAACCAUAAAGGUUGCAUGUGGGGUGUGGCAUACUGCAGCUAUAGUAGAAGUUGGCCAGUCUGCUGUUAGUGUUUCGUCUAGAAAACUAUUCACAUGGGGCGACGGUGACAAAUAUCGAUUAGGACAUGGAAACAAGGAAACUUAUCUUUUACCAAACUGUGUUUCUUCACUUAUUGAUUACAAUUUCCAACAGCUGGGGUGUGGACACACCAUGACAAUUGCUCUCACUACAUCUGGUCAUGUCUUCACCAUGGGCGGUACCGCGUAUGGGCAACUAGGAAACCCAGCUUCUGAUGGAAAAACACCUUGUUUGGUACAAGACAAAUUGGUAGGCGAAUUUGUUGAAGAAAUAUCUUGUGGGGCAAAUCAUGUUGCUGUUUUAACAUCAAGAAGUGAAGUAUUCACAUGGGGAAGAGGUGCUAAUGGAAGAUUAGGACAUGGCGAUACAGAAGAUCGAAAAACUCCAACAUUGGUUGAAGCAUUAAAAGAUAGGCAUGUUAAGAACAUAUCAUGUGGCUCAAAUUUCACAACAAGUAUUUGUAUUCAUAAGUGGGUUUCGGGUGCUGAUCAAUCAGUCUGUUCAGGUUGUAGACAAGCAUUUGGUUUCACCCGAAAGAGGCAUAACUGUUAUAACUGCGGGUUAGUGCAUUGCCAUGCUUGUAGCUCGAAAAAAGCAUUGAGAGCUGCAUUAGCUCCCACUCCUGGCAAACCGCAUCGCGUUUGUGAUGCUUGUUAUGCAAAAUUGAAAGCUGCUGAGGCUGGUAAUGCUUCUAACUUUAGUAGGAAAGUUACUACUCCUCGUCGCUCCAUAGAUUCGAGGGAUCAUUUUACUAGAGGAGAAAGAUGUUCAAAGCUAUUGAUAUCUCCCAAUAGAUCAGGUGGGAAAUCAUCAUCAGACUAUCCAUCAUCAUCAAUGGUUAGGACUUCACAAGUUCCAGCACUUCAACAACUGAAAGAUAUUGCAUUUCCCAGCUCAUUGAAUGUCCUUCAAAAUGCUUGGAGACCCGUUACUACACCAUCAUCGCCUCAUCAUAGUGUCAACAACAACACCAGAUCAUCUUCGCCUUACAACAUAAGGCGAACAAGCCCCCCGAGAUUAGCAGCUCCUGUAUUUUCCAGGGGUGUUAUUGAGAGUAUGAAAAAAUCAAACGAACAUCUAACUCACCAACUAUCCAAGUUUCAAAACCAAGUGAAAAGUUUAAAGCAGAAGUGUGAAACUCAAGAUGCUGAGAUGCACAAACUAAGGAAAAAUGCUAAAGAAGUAGCUUUGUUUGCUGAGGGACAAUAUUCAAGGUGCAAACUAGCUAAACAACUUGUCAACAACUUCACACAACAGAUGAAGAUAAUAAUAACAGAGAAGUUAUCACCAGAUGAUUCAAAUAUGGAAAUUUUACAAUCAUUGCAAACUCAAGCUGAAGAAUUUCUAGACACAACAAAUGCAACACCCGAAAUUUCUACUUUGCGUAACGCAGCACGAGCUGCAGAGAAAUCUCAUCAUCAUGAUCAUCCAGAAACUGACAAACCAUCAUCAUCAUCAUCAUCCUCUUCUAGAGAUGAUGGGGCUUCAACUUCACAUAGCUCAGAAGAUGCAUCAAAUUCUCAUGAAUCUUCAUCCACAAACACUGAGAUAGGAAAAGAAGUUGUUGAGUUAUUUGAACCUGGUGUGUAUGUCAUUCUUAAAUACAAAGAUGGUAAUUGGGAGUUUAAGCGUGUCAAAUUCAGUAAACGAAAGUUUAGCGAGCAAGAAGCAGAAGAAUGGUGGAAUCACAACAGAGAAAGGCUAUUUAAGCAUUAUAGCAAGGCUAAGAAGGCAAACUAUGCCUCAACCGAAACAUCUUCCGAUACACCAGUACCGACACCAGCACUAGCACCAGCACCAGCACCAGCACCAGCACCAGAUGUGACUGUUGUGUCUGAGGAAAGCUCCGAGGCUGCAUCAUCUUCCUAAUGUGGACAGAACCAACUAGGUGUAGACAUUCAAUUUGUUCAAAAACAAAAGAAAACAAGCUUUAACUCUUAUUACUAUCACAUGAGAAAUUUAACUUGAAUUUUGUUCAAAAUGUAGGGACAUAAAAUGAGGUUGAAGAUAAUUCUUUGUAAUCUUUUUCUUGAGAUGCUAUAUACUUCUUUGCUGUUACUCAUUUUUGGUUGUAUAGUAUAUUUAUACUGUCCAAUAUUAAUAGCUUUUAUUAUUAUUA